AUGGUAAAGGAAUUUUUGUCGAAGGAUCAUCAGAAUUUGGAUGAACAAGUUGCAUUAAAUUUGCCUUAUCGUAAUUUGUUAGGGUGUUUGGCUUUUUUAGUGACUCGCACAAGGCCGGACAUAAUGUAUGCUGUGAAUGUACUUUCUCAAUAUCAACAGAAUCCUUUAAUGGAUCAUUGGAAAAGUUUAGUUAAGUUAUUUAAUUAUGUCUUAGACACAGAAUCGUUAGGAUUAGAUUUGGCUAGAGCUAGAAAAUUUCGUUUAAGUUGUUAUUCUGACGCAGCACAUGCACAAUGUUUAAAUGAUAGAAAAUCAAUCAUUGGUAACAUAAUAUUUUUGGAUAAUGUACCAGUUAAUUGGCGAACUGCUAAACAAAAAUGUGUGGCUACUAGCUCGAUGGAGUCGGAAUACAUUGCUCUAGUAGAAGCAGCUAAAGAAAUAUUGUGGUUUACGAGAAUUUGCAGGGAAGUUUCGAAUUUGGACAUUCAAUUUGAUGAAUCGCUUUUAUUUUGUGAUAAUACUGCUGCGAUUGAUUUUGCAAACUCUCCAAUCGAAAACAAACGAACUCGUCAUAUUGACAUUAAUUUUCAGUCCGAUGGGGCCGAAUGA